AUGGCUGACUGUAGGAAAGGGGAAGGUGAGAAGAAAGUGAGGAAUUCAGAGAGGAAGGCUCCUGUGACUAAACCAGAGGAAAACACUCAGAAUCCUCCCAUUUCGAUUACAGAGAGGAAGGCUCCCAUUUCGAUUCCUGUUACCACUGAGUUGAAACCAUCUGGUUCAGGUAAGAAAGUUGAUUACUCGCUGAGUGAUAAUGAUUGGAAAACUCCUAGAAGAACUGCUGGUUUAAAAAUGAAGGAAAAUGUUCCAGGCUCUACAACAAAUCAUGAACAAGAUGUUGGGCAUAGUUCUGUGAAUGCCUUUAGUAUUCUGCAGGAAAAGGAGGGAAAUGUGGAAGAGGUGGUAGAGAGUAGAGAGACAAAGGGUAGUUGGAAUGUUAGGGGAUUGAAUCACAAAGGUAAGCAAGAAUCUAUGUUGGAGUUUUGCAAUGUGAAUAAAAUUGGAGUAGGGGGUCUGUUAGAAACUAAGUUGAAAGGGAAUAAAGUGCAGGAACUGAUGGACAAAAAAUUUGCUAGCUGGGAGUUCUAUAAUAGUCCUACUGUUGAGGGCAGGUUGUUGAUUAUAUGGAGGAAGCGUUUUGUUCGAGUUAAAGUGAUUGCUGAAUCUUCACAGCAUGUUCACUGUGUGGUUAAAAUGGCUGGUCAAGCUUAUGCUUUUUGUCUCACAUUGGUUUAUGGUUUUAAUACCAUUGAAGAACAGAAGACUCUAUGGCAAAAUCUGGUGCAACUUACAUUUCUUGUUUCCCCUUGGUUAAUUCUUGGGGAUUUUAACUCAGUUUUUUAUGUUGAUGACAGAAAUGGAGGGAAUCCCAUUACACAUAAUGAAAUGGUUGACUCUAAUCUUUGGUUAGCUCAAUCUAAUGUUGAAGUUCUCAAAAGUUUUGUUUUUUCUUUAGCUACAGAGGCUAUUGGGAUCAAACCUUUUCGAUUUUACAAUUUCUGGGCUGAUCAUCAUGAUUUCCAGAACUUGGUGGAGCAAAGUUGGCAGAGACCGAUGACUACUAGAGCGAAAUCUUGUUACAGUGAGGCUAAAUUGUUGGCACAAUCUCACCCAAGAGACAAGACUUACCAGGAUCAAGAAGCAACAGCAGCUGCCAAGUUCGACACUCAAGAGAAGAUGUAUCAUAAGUUUCUCAGCCUAAAGAGCAAAAUUACUUGGCUGCAAAAAGGAGAUUCCAAUACCUCUUACUUUCAUGCUUGUCUGAAGAAAAGAAAAAUGGAAAACAGAAUAACAAGUUUCAUUACAGACCAAGGUUUGAUUAAUAAUAAUUUCUCUGAAGUUGUGGCGCAUUUUCUCAAUCAUUUCCGUGGUUUUAUGGGCAGCAACAGUACUGUUAAAACCAGUAUUCCUGAUACUAAAUCUCCAGGACCCGAUGGAUUUGGAUCUGGUUUUUUCAAGAGUAUGUGGUCUGUUAUAGGGGGAGAAAUCUGUGCUGCAAUUACUAAUUUCUUUGAGACAGGUUUCAUGCCACCUGAAUUUCACAAUACCAUGAUUUCUCUUAUUCCUAAAACAGAGAAUCCAGCUACAACUAUAGAUUUCAGGCCUAUAGCUUGUUGUACAACGAUUUAUAAGUGCAUAUCUAAGCUACUGUGUUCUAGGCUUGCAACAGUCCUUCCAUUUCUGGUUCAUCAAAAUCAAGGUGCUUUUGUCCAAGGGAGGUCAAUUGCUCACAAUGUGAUGAUUCUCCAAGAUAUCUUGAAGAACUAUAGGCAGAAAAACACUUCUCCUCGCUGUGCAAUCAAGAUCGAUAUCAGUAAGGCUUAUGAUACUGUGGAUUGGAAUUUUGUCGAAGAUCUGCUUAAUGCCUUAAACUUCCCUGGUAAAUUUAUUCAGCUGGUGAUGAUUUGUAUCAAGAGCACAACAUACUCUCUUCUUAUGAAUGGCAGAAUUCAAGGAGGUUUUCAAGGUGCUAAGGGUCUUCGUCAAGAUGACUUGAUCCUUCUCAGUAAAGGUUCCAAACAGUCCAUUAUAGUUCUUAAAGAAGUCUUGGAUGGUUUCAGCAAUACAACUGGGCUUCAUAUCAACGUUAGCAAGUCUCAAAUAUUUUUUGGAGGGGUUGAUCCCAGGGAGAAGAGGGUGAUCAGUAGGGAUAUUGGUUUGGCUAAAGGUUCCUUCCCAUUAAAGUAUUUAGGGGUGCCUUUAAGACCUACCAAAUGGAAAGCUGAAGACUGUGGAAUUAUUAUUAAAAAAAAUCAGAUUGAGACUUCAUACUUGGGAAAGUAG